UGCUCCUCGCGUAACGCAUUUGCCGACCGAGAGCCGCGUUCGCUGGUGCAUGCCCUCCCGCUGAACGCCGCUGCUUGUCCAAGCGAAGUUCGGGUUUCGUCACCCUGCUUGGACUGUGUUCUCGAGCGUGCUCCUGGACUGGAGAGCGCGCGCGCAGUUUGUGUGGUGUGGUUCCCCCGCGAGGUUCGGAAGAUACGGGCCGGUGCCGUGUGACUUCUUGGAUACUCAUCGUCGACCGGCGCUUUUAAGGAGGGUGUGCUUGAUCACGUUGCUUGUGUGACGGAAGGUGCGACAUCUUCGGCUUCGCAGUACGUCGAAACUGGCGUCUCCACGCAGCUGCCAUCGCGGUCGCCGGAGAUAUAUGUGGCGCUAAGCGACGACGAGGUGCGGGUGUGGCUGACCGUCCCCAGCAGCGCGCUUCUCGAGCCGCUGAUGAGCUCGUCGGCGGCGGCGGCGCUCGGAUGCCGCUCGUCCAAGAAGAAGACGGUGCACUUCGCGCUCCCCGGCCGCGUCAUCCGCCCGCUGCAGUGGCGCGACGACGUCAUCUGGGCGCGUGUCGAGCCCAUCAAGGGGCGCCGGCACGCGACCGUCGGUGGUGGUCACCUGUUCCAGCCUCCCUCGUCGGAAACGUCACCGACCACGGUGAUCACCGCGGAGUGCACCGCCACCCACGUGCACCGGCGCAGCGCGAGCAACUGUUCCUCCGUGGACUCGAAUUACGCCAACGUGUCCUCGCAGGAGGACAAUCAGUCGUCGUCCAGCGGAGACUCCGUCCCGAACAUCGUGAUUCUUACCUGUUCGGGACAACGAUCAAUAGUUCGCAUUGGUUCUGAGUCGACAUCUGUCGACAGCAGCGCUAGUCAGCAGGGCAGCCGCAGUGAUUCCGAUUACCAGAGCAAGAACGACAGUUCUGAGCUGUCGUCGAUGACCGAGGGCUCCCCGCCGACGUCGGCGCGGGGACCGGAGCAGCGGACCAGCGGCGACGUCAGCGCUGCGCUGGCCUUUUCCCAGCGUCUGCAAUGCACCGAGUGCGUCCAGUGUGCCCUCAUGGAGGACGCCGUGCAGCGUUUGGAGGCCAGCCGACGGGAGGCCGGACUGAAGCUGCGCAGCUACGAAGCGCAGAUCCGCUCGCUGCAGCAGGCGAGUUCCUGCGUAUACGCAACACUGUAUCAUCCACAGCAGCAUUCUGUUAUAUCGUGA